CCGGCGAGCAGAAUGAGAGUCAGCAGGGCGUCUGCGGCGCCAUCCUCACGCUGCUCUCCAUCGGCAUCGCCGCCUGCACCUUUCCCAUAUCGCUCUUCUUCUGCAUCAAGGUGGUGCAGGAGUACGAACGGGCGGUCAUCUUCCGACUGGGUCGCCUUCUGCACGGCGGCGCCAAGGGCCCGGGCAUCUUCUUCAUCCUCCCCUGCAUUGAGCACUACACCAAGGUGGACCUGCGAACGCUGACCUUUGACGUCCCUCCGCAGGAGGUGCUCACCAAGGACUCGGUGACCGUUUCGGUGGACGCCGUGGUCUACUACCGCGUCCACAACGCCACCGUCUCGGUGGCCAACGUGGAGAAUGCUCACCACAGCACGCGCCUGCUGGCGCAGACGACGCUGCGGAACAUGCUCGGCACGCAUAACCUCCACGAGAUACUCUCCGACCGAGAGUCCAUCUCCAACUCGAUGCAGACCGUUCUCGACGAGUGCACCGGCGCCUGGGGCAUCAAGGUGGAGCGAGUGGAGAUCAAGGACGUCCGACUGCCCGUGCAGCUGCAGCGAGCGAUGGCCGCCGAGGCGGAGGCCGCCCGAGAGGCUCGUGCUAAGGUGAUCGCCGCCGAGGGCGAGCAAAAGUCGGCCCGCGCCCUGAAGGAGGCGGCCGAGGUGAUUGCGCAGAGUCCUGCCGCCCUGCAGCUCCGCUACCUGCAGACGCUGAACACCAUCAGCGCGGAGAAGAACUCCACCAUCAUCUUUCCGCUGCCCAUUGAUUUUCUCAGUCACUUCAUCAAGAAGGCGUAA